GCACCAACGCUGAGUGACAAUGGAGCGUUGGCAUGAUAAGGUGGCAGUAGUUACGGGAGCCAGCUCGGGUAUUGGUGCAGCCAUUGCCUUAGAAUUGGUACAACAAGGGCUACAGGUGAUUGGCUUGGCUAGAAGACUUGACAAAUUGGAAGCAAUUCGAAAUCAGCUGCCUGAGGAAAAACAAAGUCGUUUCACUCCUCUAACUUGCUACGUCUGUGAUGCAGAAUGUGUAAAUGCCACAUACAAGACAAUCAUAGAAAAAUUUGGUGGCGUGGAUGUUUUGAUAAAUUGUGCCGGUACCACAGCAUGGGGCCAAUUGCUCACCAUGGAGGUCCAGGAACUGCAACAGAUAUUACAAACAAAUGUUAUGGGCAUUGUUCAUUGCACCCAAAAGGCUUUUCAAUCGAUGAGAGAGCGCAAUGUCGCAGGUCACGUUUUUGUGAUCAACAGUGUGUUGGGUCAUAAGGUUUUCCAUAAUAAACCAUUGCCCGAUUUGAAUAUGUAUUGUCCUUCGAAAUAUGCUGUUACAGCCAUGACGGAAAUUCUAAGGCAGGAAUUCAGAGGAUUGGAUACCAAAAUUAAAAUUACAAGUAUCAGUCCUGGUUUGGUGGCUACCGAAAUGAUACCCGAACAGUUGAAAACUGCAGUGGGUGACUGCAUUCUGGAACCUAAAGAUGUUGCAGCUGCCAUAAUGUAUGCCCUUUCAACACCGCCGCAUGUGCAAGUCCAUGAAAUUAUUUUAAAGCCGCUGGGUGAAGCUGUUUAAAAAAGGGAAAAAUUGUGUGGAAUAUUAACAACCGAUCAUAUUUUAGUGAAAUCUAAAAUUUCUUCCUCAGACUAAAACUUAAAUGAAAUUUUUAACAAAAAUUUCUU